AUGGCCUCACCACCUAAACCUUGGGAGCGGGGCGCAGCAGCAGCAGCCCCAGCAGCGACUAUCCCUACCACGCUACCAUCAGCUACGACGAGCUCCUCUUCACCAGAACCUCCUUCAGUGCCUGCACGUCCCCCAGUGUUCUCCAACCCAUCUACAUCUAUCGCAUCACCCUAUAAUUCUUUGCAGUCAUCCUACAAUACUCCAUAUUCGCCGUAUUCGCACCUUGGGUCCUCGUACUACCUCCCCAUAUGGCUCGACGCCUACGGUACUGGGUACGGUGGUUAUGGCAUGAAUAGCAUGUAUGGCGGCAUGCCCGGAAUGGGUGGAAUGGGUGGAAUGGGCAGCAUGGGCGGGAUGGGCAUGUACCCUGGUAUGGAUCCCAACAAUCCUUCCCUUACACAGACCCUCGAAACCACAACCCAACACACCUUCUCCCUUCUCCACUCCAUCGUCCAGACCUUCUCGGGCGUAGCGCAAAUGAUCGAAUCGACAUUCAUGGCGACGCAUAGCUCAUUUUUCGCAAUGGUCGGCGUCAUCGAGCAGUUCAGCCACCUCCGCAAUGCCUUGGGAAGUGUAUUAAGCCUGUUCGGUCUUUUACGGUGGAUGAAGGAGCUCAUCACGGGGCGCCAGAGUUCUACAAGCUCUAUACAGGGCGAAUUUAGAGAAUUCGUCAAUGGCAAGCCCGUUCAGGGUCCGAUGGGUCCCCCUGCUGUCAAGCCCAGCCGAAAACCCAUCAUCAUAUUUUUACUCGCUAUUUUCGGCGUUCCAUAUGCCAUGACGAAGCUCAUAAAAAUUCUCAAUGAGCGCACUAUGCAACAGCAGCAGGCCCAGAUUGGCCCCGGUCCACUGGGCCUCCUUGACCCAUCAACUCUUACAUUUGCACGCGCACUAUAUCCAUUCACGCCUUCAUCUCCAUCCGAGCUUGCGCUCAGAGAGAAUGAAAUCGUCGCUAUCAUGGGCAAGCUGGAUCCCAGCACCGGUGUGGAGGUGGACCCACGGUUGGAGGUGGAGAGUGAGUGGUGGAAAGGUCGGACACGCGAGGGUCGCGAAGGGUGGUUCCCGAAGAAGUGGGUCGAGGUUCUCGAACGACGAAAACCUGCUGAAGAGAGCAAGAAGGUGGUUUGA